AUGUCACAAGUUGUUGCUUCACAAACUUAUUGUCUUGAAAAUUCAACUAAAUUAACACGAUCAAAUUUUGAAACAUUCUUGACAUCGAAUGAAAGUCAUGGACCAACAGUUGUUGAUAAACAUCAAGUUAAACGUCUCUAUCGUUUACAACGUAAACCUAAUGUUAAUACGCAUCUUCAUUUGGAUAAUUCAACUGUAGACUAUGAAAGACAAGGAUAUUUUGAAAGUAUUGUACGUAAACAAAUAGAUGAAAGUUCUAUUCAACCACCUAGAAUUAUUUAUCAUCGCCCAUUGGAUGUGUCAAAUAAAGCAUUAGCAAAACUUUCAUUUGGAAAAACUCGUCUUGAUCCUCAACAAAUUAUACCAAGUCAAAUUACAACAGUACGUAAUCAUUCAGCAGCUAUUCCUUUACUUCGACAUGAACAAGGUCUUGAUAACGAAAUUGUACCUCGUUUUAGCGAUCGAUUAGUCUUAGAUCAAACAAUUCGUAAUCGAUUAAGUUUCGGUGAUACACUAAAUUCUAAAGAAGAUUGUCUUCGAAAUCAAUCACUUCAAUCUAAUCUUACAUAUAAUCGAAAACAACAACAACAAGGAUUAAAAACAAAUCGAUUGAAUCGUAAUGAACUUGCUAAUCAUUUUAUAUAUACAUCCAUGCAACAAGCUGCUUUUGAUGAAAUACCAUGGGAUUCAAAAUUACCAUCGAAAUUACCAGUACCAUUAACAACUUAUGAAAUUAAUGGUAGUGAUCCAUUAUUAAAAUCAAAAAGUCAUUUAUCACUUGAUGAUAAACGUACAUGUAAUAUUCUUCAAUGGGAUCGUCUACAAUCACGAAAUAUUCAUUAUAAUCAAAAACCUUUUCUUAAUAUUGCACCAUUAUCACGUGCACAACAAAUAUCAGGUUACUCAGGUUCAAUUGGUGGUUAUAAUAUACAUGAUAUUGAUAAUCCAGAAGUUGAUUUUCAACCUUAUACAAUACUUCGUACUGAACAACCGAAAUUUACGUUGAAUCCUUUUAAAACAAAUAUUCCAUAUUAUACGGGAAAAUCACAUUGGACCAAGAUUGAUCCCGUAUCUCAUCAUGAUGAAUCUGAUUAUGCGUAUACAACAGCAACAGCAUUUCAUAAAUUUGACAAUUUAUCAUAUCAUCAUAUGGAUUUCAAUGAACCAUUAUCACGAAUUUUAACAACUGUUAUACCACAGAAUUCAUCUAAUCAAAUAAAUAUGAAUACAAAAAACGAAGAAUAA